UUUCUUCUUAAACCCUCUUCCUCUUUUUCCUUCUCUCUCAAUUUUUUCAUUAAAGAUUCUACCUUUGGUGUGGGAAAAUUGAAACUUGAAUUGGGUUUUCAUUAAAUAUUUGAAAUUUGGAAAGGAAAGGAAAAGUAUGAAGAUUCAGUGUAACGUGUGUGAAGCUGCAGAAGCUAAGGUUCUUUGUUGUGCUGAUGAAGCUGCUUUGUGUUGUGAAUGUGAUGAGAAGGUUCAUGCUGCUAAUAAGCUUGCUGGAAAACAUCAGAGAAUUCCUCUUUCUACAUCUUCUUCUCAUAUGCCUAAAUGUGAUAUUUGUCAGGAAGCAUUCGGCUAUUUCUUUUGUCUUGAAGAUCGAGCCUUACUCUGUCGAAAAUGUGAUUUAGCAAUACACACUGCAAAUGCAUAUGUCUCAGAUCAUCAAAGGUUUCUUCUCACUGGUGUAAAAGUAGGCCUCGAAACUACCGAGCCCGGUGCUUCCUCAAAGUCGGAUUCUGUGGAGAAAGUUUCUGAUACUAAAUCUUCUUCUGUCUCAAGAAAGAUUUCCACAAUGCCUCAAUCAUCGGGUUACAAUGAAAUUCAAAUGCUGCCUACUGAAGCUGCAGGAGCUGGGGAGUUUCCACCAGCCAAAGUCUCUUAUGGUGGUGGUUCUACAGAUGGAAACAUGUCGCAGUGGACAAUCGAUGAAUUUUUCGGCGUAAAUGAUUUCAGUCAGAGUUAUAACUACAUGGAUGGAUCAUCAAGAGCUGACAGUGGUAAGCUUGAUGAUUCUGAUUCUCCUGUUUUAAGAUCCGGUUUAGAGGAAAUGGAGGACGGCGACUACUUAGGACGUGUUCCAGAUUCAUCUUGGACAGUUCCUCAGAUCCCUUCACCUCCUACAGCUUCUGGUUUAUACUGGCCGAAAAACCCUCGGUAUUCGACUGAUAACGCUCUCUUUGUUCCUGACAUAGAAAUUUCUUGCAUGCAACACCUUCAAAAUAGUAGUAGUUUCUCAAGAUCCCGGAAGCAUCGAUAAUUUGGUUCCUCUUAUUCCUUCCCUAUAACUUAUAGGAAAUGCUCUUUCAUUAAGUUCUCUCUUCUUACAGAGAAAUUUAAGUUGAUUUUAGCUCAAUAGUUAUAUUCAUGAGAGAAAUUUAAGUUGAUUAGCUCAAUAUUUAUAUUCAUGAUUGUCUCAGUUUCGUCUUAGGAGUAAAUUUCUAGCUCCACUUAAGGGAGUGUUGAAGGCUUUUCAUUUAAGUUUUGAUAUUGUAACAUCCUCAUUUGAUUUCUAGAAUCCAAUGAAGAUCCGUCUGUUUGGAUAUCAUAAGAGGUCCUUGUUCAAUUUAGUUUGUUGUUUUUAUAAGUUUUACUCCUUCCCUAGCUUGUAAAAAGUUUGGUUAUAAUGAACAUUUAUUUGCAACACACGAA